AUCCAUCAAAAACAAUGACGUCACCAUCCCAAUAAGAUCAGCUCGAGAAAAGCAUCGAAGGCAGCUGCAAGUGAGCACAAAUUCCUCUCGAAAUGUGUUUAAAUUCGAGAUAAUUGCAGCGGAAUCAGUGUCAAACGUUGAAAGAGAUCCGAAAUUAUAGGGAGCAAGUUGAUUAUCACGAAAAAAGCUUGUAACGAACGAAGAGGAAGCCGUUUUCUGUCGACUCGUAUAAAAGUGGGAGUUGUCCCGAAGGUUAAAUCCGAACUCACUACAGAAUGGAGGACAUAUUCCACUGGUGCCGCGAGGGGAAUUCCAUCCAGGUGCGCCUCUGGUUGGACGAUACCGAGCAUGAUAUGAAUCAGGGAGAUGAUCAUGGCUUCAGUCCACUGCACUGGUGCGCCAAGGAGGGUCAUACCAAACUGGUAGAGAUGUUGCUGCAUCGGGGCGCUCGAGUAAACGCAACCAACAUGGGUGAUGAUAUUCCGUUGCAUCUUGCGGCUGCACAUGGGCAUCUGGAGAUUGUUCAAAUGCUUAUCCGCUUCCGCUCAGAUGUGAACGCUGCCAACGAACAUGGCAAUACGCCGCUACACUAUGCGUGCUUCUGGGGCUAUCAGCCGAUCGCCGAGGAGCUGGUCAACAAUGGUGCUUUGGUUUCGCUCGCCAACAAGGACGGAGAUACUCCACUGGACAAGGCUAAGGCUCAACUAGCCACUCGUUUGCACAACCUAGCAGUCGAAAGUGGGCAAGAGCUGAAGAAGAUCAGCUUCAAGGACCAAAGCUGGUUGGGUCUGAAGACGCGUUCGCGCGACGCCACUCUUUCCCGGUACAAGGGAAUCAACAUCCAGGACCUGAUGUUGCACACCAAGCUGGCCAUCACUGCCGGUGGCGAGACUUGGCGCGGUAGAUGGCAGAACAACGACAUCGUGGCGAAAAUUUUGGCCAUACGCGAAUGCAAUGCACGCGUCAGUCGGGACUUCAACGAGGAGUUCCCGAAGUUGCGCAUCUUCUCCCAUCCGAACAUUCUUCCAGUUAUUGGAGCGUGCAAUGCUCCCCCGCGGUUAAUCGUCAUCAGUCAGUAUAUGCCGAGGGGUUCGCUGUACGAUUUGCUGCAUGGUGCUGCCGGAAUUGUGGUGGAUACGGCCCAGGCGGUACGAUUUGCGCUGGACAUUGCCCGUGGAAUGGCGUAUCUGCAUUCAUUGGAGAGAAUUAUUCCGGAAUAUCAUCUCAACAGCUGCCAUGUUAUGAUUGAUGACGACCUUACGGCUCGAGUCAACAUGGCAGACGCCAAGUUCUCCUUCCAGGAACGCGGCCGUGUCUAUCAACCAGCCUGGAUGAGCCCGGAAAUGCUGCAACGUAAACGUAGCGAUCGCAACUGGGAAGCAUGCGACAUGUGGAGCUUCGCCAUCUGCAUCUGGGAGCUAGCUACGCGGGAAGUUCCCUUUGCUGACCUAACGCCGAUGGAAGCUGGAAUGCGUAUCGCUACCGAAGGACUCCGGGUCACAAUUCCGCCUGGAACGUCCCCUCAUCUGUCGAAAUUGAUCAAAAUCUGCAUGAACGAAGAUCCGGGAAAACGUCCAAAGUUCGACAUGAUCAUACCCAUUCUCGAAAAAAUGAAACGUUAAAAUGGAAUGCCUUCAAGGAAAAUUGUAAACGACGUGCCUUCACCUGUUUUGUCUUCUUAUUUAUUUAAACAAAAAAAAAAAAAAAAAAUAUUGCAUAUUUCCUAACAACCCGACAAGAAUGUUAUAAUCUGCCAAAAUGUAACAGUGUGCUGACGUAUUAACAACGAACAUGACGAAAAAUGUUCAAACGACAAUAUAUCGUGUUUAGUUUCGUACUACGAGUUUAAACUUUUAACAAAUUA